UUUUUUUUUUUUUUUGGAUUACUGAUUAGCAAGAAACUUGAGAUGGGUUGCUCAAGAUUUGACACUUAAUAGUAUCCGAUUCUGUUUUUAAUUCAAUCGGAUUAGCUAUUAAAUUCCAAUCCAGAUUCCCAAGUCUGUGUCUUUGUUUAAUUUUUAGAAUCUUUUGACUAAAUUUGGAUCUGGUUAAUGCUUCUUUUUUAUUGUCUAUUGGGAUUUUUGAUACAUUUGAUUCUGAUUUACUUUCUUUUCCUUCUAUUUUCUUGGUAAUCCAUCUCAAAAGUCAUUUGGUUAUAAAAUCUGUAGAGAGAGCGAGCAGGUAAGCUGUCUUUACUACCAUAAUAAUGGCUGCAGCUAAGAAUAAUACAGGAAAAUCCAAGAAGGGUAUUGUUGAUGAAAGACAAGAUUGGGAGCUUGACAAGGGCAAAGCUAAUUUUAGCUUUAAUGAGAGGCAACAAUGGAAGCCAGUUUUUGGUGAAGUUUCCAUAGCAGAUAGGCCUCUCAAAAAAAUCCGUAGCCCCGAACGUCAAGACCCAAUUCAAUUCUCUACAUCAUCAUCAUCUUCUUCUUCUUCUGCUUAUAACACUACCCCUCCUUUCACUGUUUCUACUUGUUCUGCCUCUGCUUCUUCCUCUGUUUCGUCUUUCUCAUCUUCUGCAUCUUCAAGACUUUUGUUUCCUUUUGCAUUUGAAGGAUGUAAUAAUCAACCUAUCCAAUUUCCUCACCAAUUUAAAACAAACCCUUCUUUUCCUUAUUACCGUCCAACAAUACAAAAUCAACAACAAAUGAUUUCUUUUAAUCAAAGCCAGCAACAGAGCAUCACUAAUCCUCUGUUUUUCGCUGGAGAAUCUGCAUUAGCCCACCACCACCAACAACAGCAACAGCUUUUUCAAUAUUGGAGUGAUACAUUGAAUUUAAGUCCAAGAGGGAGAAUGAUGAUGAUGAACAGAGCAGGCCCGGAUGGGAGGCCAUUGUUUAGGCCCCCAAUUCAGCCUAUAAACACAACAAAACUUUACAGGGGAGUAAGACAAAGGCAUUGGGGAAAAUGGGUAGCUGAGAUUCGUCUCCCUCGCAAUAGAACUCGCCUUUGGCUUGGCACAUUUGACACAGCUGAAGAUGCUGCCUUAGCCUAUGACCGCGAAGCUUUCAAAUUGCGAGGAGAAAAUGCAAGGCUAAAUUUCCCUGAACUUUUCCUUAACAAAAAUAAGGAAACUUCUAUAACUCCAUCAACUUCUACUAUUUCGUCUCCGCCAGAGACUCCCCAUCAGACAUCAUCCCCAAAACAAGAAAGUAUGCUUCCACCGCCGCCGCCGCCGCCACCACAAAUGCUAACGCCACCUCCUCCUCGCCCACAAGACACCCCUGAUAAUGAUUCAGGAAUGGAUUCUAGUGGAGCAACUAUGAGUGAUGAGGUACAAGCAGCAGCAGAGAUGUCAGGUUGUAGUGGGGGAGAAGGAGGGUCUCAAGAAUUGGUUUGGGGAGACAUGGCAGAAGCUUGGUUUAAUGCAAUUCCUGCAGGAUGGGGACCGGGAAGUCCAGUUUGGGAUGAUUUGGACACAAAUAGUGAUCUUUUAUUGCAAUCACAUCUUCCUUUUGGCAAUCCAAAUCAACAACAACAGGACAACAUGGGUUCUGCUUCUUCUUCUUCUUUUUCCUCUACUUUUCCCAUGAAACCAUUCUUCUGGAAGGAUCAAGACUAAUUGUAGAUUCUUUCAUUGGUUUGGUUCUUUUUCUAUGAUUUGGUUCUUUACAGUUGGUUUUUGGACCAUACCACAUUAAACUUAGAUUCUUUCAAAGGUUGCAGCUUUUUUAGAAAACCAACCUGUGACUACUCUUUUUAACCUCUAAACUCACUAGUUGCAGAUUUUUCACAAACAACUUGUGAGCAUUACUCCUCCUCAAAUUCCUUAUCAUCAGCAUAUCCAAACUUUCAAAGUAUCCACCUUUUUUCUUUUUAAUUUCUCUUCACUGCAUCUUCUUCAAAAGGCUGAAUAUUACCAGGCCCUUACUGUUCAUGCAUUUUCAUUUUCUAGCAAGUCCUUCAGGGAAUUUUAUGUUUCAGAUGUUAUUUUCUUGGCUGUUUAUGUUAUGUUUCAUUUGUAGCAUAGUAGCAAACUUUAGUAGUGCAGGACCAGCAUAGUAGUAGGAGACAGUUUGGUGAUCUCCCUCUCAAUUGGUCUGUUUCUAUCUGUAUCCAUCACAGAAAGCUGUUUUUCUGCUUUGAUGGUGGAAUUAAAUAUUUUUGUAAUUUUUGUACAUUGGUGGAGAAGUUUGUUAUGAUCUUUAUAAAUUUGUAAUCUUGUCUCCCUUUUCAUCAGCAUUAAUAGUAAUCAUAGAUUAAGCAAUUUGCAGCA